AGUAUAUAAAGGUUGCACAAACUAUUCCCAUUCUCUUCCUCCCUCCAAGUCUCUGCAGAAAACAAAUAGGUUUGAUAGAACAUGGCAACUGCAGGAAAAGUGAUUAAAUGCCAGGCUGCAGUGGCGUGGGAGCCAAACAAACCCCUUGUGAUGGAGGAAAUUGAGGUGGCCCCUCCACAGACACAUGAGAUUCGCAUCAAGGUAGUCGCCACAGGUGUGUGUCACACUGACCUGUACCACUUGUUCGAGGGGAAACAUAAGGAUGGAUUCCCUUGUGUUAUGGGUCAUGAGGGGGCUGGAAUCGUGGAGAGUGUUGGGUCCGGAGUGACCAAUUUUAAACCAGGUGAUAAAGUCAUCCCUCUGUUCAUCUCCCAAUGUGGCCAGUGCAGGUUCUGCAAGAACCCAAAGACCAAUCUGUGCGAGAAGGGCUGGGCUAGUGAUCGGUACGAUGUGAUGUCAGAAUCAGACACCAGGUUCACAUGUAAGGGGAAGAAGAUACUUCAGUUCAUGGGGACCAGCACCUUCUCAGAAUAUACUGUGGUGAAUGAGAUUGCCGUGGCCAAGAUCCACCCCUCAGCCCCCCUCAACAAGGUCUGUCUCCUUGGCUGUGGUGUUGCCACCGGAUAUGGAGCCGCCAUUAACACAGCCAAGGUGGAGCCAGGGUCUACUUGUGCUGUGUUUGGACUAGGAGCUGUGGGGUUGGCAGCAGUCAUGGGCUGCAAAAACGCAGGGGCCAAAAGGAUAAUCGCUGUUGAUAUUAACCCAGCCAAAUAUGAAAAAGCCAAGGUCUUCGGUGCUACAGAGUUUGUCAACCCCAAAGACCACAACAAACCCAUAAGUCAAGUGCUGUCUGAGAUGACCAGUGGAGGAGUGGACUUUUCACUGGAGUGCGUUGGGAAUGUGGCCGUAAUGAGGAGUGCCUUGGAGUCAUGUGUCAAGGGAUGGGGCGUAAGUGUGCUGGUUGGAUGGACUGAUAUGGAUGAUUUUGCUGCCAGACCCAUUCAGCUCAUAGCUGGCCGCACAUGGAAAGGAUCUCUGUUUGGAGGUUUUAAGAGUAAGGAUGCUGUACCCAAGCUGGUAAAUGAGUAUUUAGAGAAGAAAGUGAAGCUGGAUGAGUUUGUCACCCACAACAUGCCCCUGGCCCAGGUUAACAGUGCCAUCGACCUCAUGAAGACUGGAGACUGUAUCCGGUCUGUCCUGAGUGUGUCACCACAGUAAGAAGGGUCCCUACCACCUAGCCAUUUGCAAUUUUGGCAUGAAACAUACUGUAAGGUGGUGGUGGUGGUGGGGGGUGGAGUUGCUUCAUGAUAUUGUACGGCUAUUUGUCUGCAAGAAAUAACAAUGAGGAAACAUGCAAAUAAAAACAAAAACAAAUU